UUAAUUGGUCACAUGGUUGUAAUUAGGCCUGAAGGGUCUGUUACCAUGCUGUAUUUCAAUAUCUAAAACAUUUAAAAUGUCGUGGUCUACCUGUCUGCUAUACAGUGAUAGUAAUGUGUUGCUGUGCUUCUCUCAGACAGAUAUUUAUUCAACCAUGAAAUAUGGACAUUGCUGAUAUGGCCAACAUUUAUCAUCCAUCCCAUAUUGCCUGUGAUGCUGUUUCAGAGGUCAAUUAAGUGUGAACCAUAUCAGUGGGUUUGGAGUCACAUGUAGAUCAAACCAGGUUUGGAAACAUGGCUCCAAAUUCUGAUGUCCUUCGGUUUAAGUUUACAAGCUAUGGAGAUUCCAUGUUGCAAAAAAUGAACUUAUUGAGACAACAAAAACGAUUCUGCGAUGUUACAAUUCGAAUCAACAAUGUGGCGUUUCUGGGGCAUAAAAUAGUUUUCGCUGCAUGCUCUCCCUUUUUGAGGGACCAAUUCUUGCUGAACGAUUCAAAGGAUGUCAGAAUUUCUCUUCUCCAGAGUUCUGAGGUUGGAGAGCAGAUACUUUUAUCCUGUUACACUGGUAUCCUAGAGUUCCCUGUAAAGGAAUUGGUAAACUACUUAACUGCUGCAAGCUACCUUCAAAUGGGCCACAUUGUGGAGAAAUGCACACAAGCUCUUUCUAAAUACAUUGAGCCAAAGUUGUUGUCUGAAGACCAAGGGCACCAGGUUGGGGAAAGCAGCACUUCCACAGCAUUUCCUGAGAGCUCAGAACGGUCACAGGAAAGCCCACUCUCCGAUUCCGGGAAGAACAAACUGGAAGAUCUCACGCAAACGAGAGAUGUCUCCGACUGUGAAACAGACUCUGAAGACAGCAACAUCCGGAUUGUCAAAGUGGAAUCUCUCACCAGUGAUAUUCAGGACAGUGAAAAUGGUGACAGUCUGAGCCAUCUCUCCAAUAAUUUCAGCAACAGUGUCGAAAGGGCUGUUGCAAAUUCUCCUGAUUCGCAGCACUCCCUCAUUAAUUCGUCUGUGGAUUCUAGAAACAACAAGGUGUUAGAUAGCUGUUUACAAAACUUUGUGGCUGAUCCCCCCAGACUGUCAGAAAUGGUCAAUGGCACCAGUUAUAUGCUGGCAGCCAAUGAGUUUGAGCUACAAGGUUUAAGUAGCUUUCCAAACGAGGAAAUGGCAGCCGCGGGUGGGUUUUUGUUCAGGCGUAACAGGGGCACAAAACUGUUUGCUAACAAAACCAUGUACACCAAUCAUUUUAAGAUGCAGGACAAAUGGCUUCAGAAGCCCCACCACUGCAGUAAGUGUGGUAAGAUUUUUCAACAUCUCGAAAACUUCAUCAGCCAUCUGAAAACUCACAAACUUUUCCUGUGCCUGCGCUGCGGCAAGAUUUUCACACAGAAAAGUAACCUGACGCGGCACAUCCGGGUGCACACAGGAAUCAAGCCCUAUCAAUGCACAAUCUGUGGGAAGACAUUCACACAGAAGUGCUCUCUGCAGGACCACCUGAAUCUCCACAGCGGUGACAGGCCGCACAAGUGCAACUACUGUGAUGUGGGCUUUGCACAUAAGCCAGCUCUCAGGCGACACCUCAAAGAACAGCAUGGCAAGAAAUGUGUAGAUAAUGUCACUGAAGGAAGCAUACAAGAAAUUACUCUAGAAGUAGAUACUAUUGAAUGACUGUGGUAAUUCUUCUAAGAAGGUCAACAAAACCUCUGGGCAAGCAGUAAAUUUAACACUUAAGGGAAGCUGGUAAAAGUUUUCCUCCAAAUGGGUUAGUAAAUAUGCAGAACACUGCACUUGGAAGAAAUGUUAAGUAGAUUUCCAUUAGAUGAAAUAGAGCCCACUCUAACAGUUGUUCUAUUAGGUGUCUGGAAUUGGUGUAAUUUGAAAGGUGCAUUUAGAUGAACUGAAUGCUUUCUAAUGGGCCACAUAGUUUCUAUGAAUGAAUUGGUGACAUAGUCUUGCAUUUGUCUGGUUUUCUUUCCUCUAGGGCUAUGUAAUAAGGCAAAAAAAAACCUUUUUAUGUGUAGGUAAUGGAAAGCAUUUGAUUUUCCAGGGUGAAUACAUCAGUUAUGAAACCUUGCCUUAUUGACUGUCGAACAUAGGAACAGGAGGAAGCCAUUCAAACCUCCCAGCCUUUUCCACAAUUGACUAAUCUCUGCUUAAGCCUCACCUUUGGGCUCUGUUCCACAUUUCUUAAUCAGCCAAAAUCUGUUGACUUCCAUCUUGAAAAUUUCAAUUGAUGCAGCAUUCACUGCCUUUUCAGGGGAAGAAGGUUCUAGAUUUUUCACUAUAUUUUAUCCUGAUUACUCUCCUAAAUGUCUUGUCCCUAAAUGUUAUCUACUUUGUACUAGAGGAAAUAGUUCUGUAUCUGCCUUGUUUAGUUCCUGGCUAUUCUAGGCAUCUUACAUUUUUUUUGGUAAAUCCCGUCUUUUACUAAUAACGUUUUACAAAAUCUUAGCAUCCAUUUGAAACAUUUAACACACUUUCUUCAUUUGUCUUCCUUUGUCUCCAGGGUAGUACCAGUAAUAUAUGCUAGAUGGGAAACUAGUGUUAUUUGUUGAUGCACAAGAGAAUGCUUACAUCUUGUAGCAAAUGGACAGUUAAGUUUCCCCAAGAGUACUGAUUCUGUACUUAAGCCCAUCACCCCUGCUGGGGCAUAGGCUGCCAACAACAGCUCGGUAGAGUUCUCUGUUCAGGAGUGUCUUUCAAGUUGCUCUACAUGUAGCCCAUCUUCUUUUCUUCUAGGCCAAGACCCUUGCUGUCCCCGGGAGAGGUCUUUGGAGUUUCUAUUGGCAUUUCUAUAGCACUGGGUUUUUAUGAGAUGUGUUUGUUAGCCACCCUGUCCCCUGCCCCCACCCCCCAUUGCAGCUGGGCUUGGGACCGUCCAUGGCAGAUUAGUACUUUGUAUACUUGCACCAAAUAGUUAAAUCUGUAAUCUCUGAAAUAAUCAUGGGCACGUUUCUCUCAUUGGAAUUGCACAACUGUAAGCUAAAUCAGAGUUGUUGCUGUGGGAGCUGCUGAACAUAAUGUGCAUUUUUCUGGUUUUCUGUUUUUAAAGUCAGGUAAUUGAUUGCAAACUGCAGCACUUCUGUUAUUCUGAAGCAUAGUUUGUACAAAAUUCCUCUUAAAUUUCCCAGUGAUAUACAUGUGCAUUAAUUUGAAGUUUGGACAUUUUGAGUGCUUGGGCUAUUUUACAAAUUAUCCCGUCUCUCUGCUCUCUCUCUCUCUUCAAAACAGAAUAGACUAGAUGAUAACUUAGUUUAGUGAGCAGCUAUAUUUAUUGAAUAACACUACAGUUGUGAAUUUGGUCGGUGCAUAUAUCACUGAUAUACAAAACUAAUCUAUAAACCAGUGGUAGGAGUGCAAACAUCUUUUUUUGCAAAGAGGGAGGUUCCACCUCUAUGCCUAUUUUGUUUUGUUGAACUGGCAUUUCUGAUGUUGCAAUCCAUUUCAUUGUUUUGCUAACAUGGUGAAAAUGCCUUCUGAAGAAACAUCGGUCUCUAAAAUCGAGGAAGGAGUGUUUCAUUUUAACAAUCCAGAAUGCUUUUUAGCUACUGAAAUAGGGAAGUAGUUUUAAAGUCUAGGUCACUGUAACAGAGCAAGAAAUGUAGCAGCCAGGGCAGCAUAAGGGUAAAUGUUUUUAAGUGUUGUCUGAGGAGUAAAAUUAACCAAAAAUCCAGAGAAGAACUGAAACCCCUCCCUCCUUCCAUCAUCUUUUCCCCCCCCCCACACCCAAAUAUUGCUAGUAGUAGCUUUGGAUAUUUAUUGCAUUUCCCUGAUGAGAGAUUAAACAGGAUUUUUGUCUAAUAUCUCGUCCAGACUGUAGAAUCUCCAACAGCAAUUGUACAGUGCACACAUCUCAAGACUGAAAUUUAAUUCCAAGGGCUUCCAACUGAAGUCAAAUGCAGUGUUGGAUCCCAACGCUUUUAAUCAGAGGUUCUUUAAGAUGUUGGGAAAGAGGCACAAAACUUGUUGUUUCAUGAUUGUUUUAAUAGAACAAAAAUGUUAGACAGUAACAGGAGCAGAGAGUGAAGAUGCGGAGAAGCAAAAAGAAAGAAAGAUUCUGUUGCUACGUGGUCAGCCCUUUUUAUACUCCAUAGAUAAGAAACAUUCCAUUCAACUUUACAGAAGAGUCAGCUAAUGGAUGGCCCCUAUUCAAAUAAUGCAGCACUAGAGAAGCUUCCAGAACUUACCAGAAUCAUACAAAUAUAACCGCGGGGGGUUGCGGGGGAACACUGAACAAAUACAUAUACAUACUGUGGCUACUGGGAAAUGUAAUAAACAGUUACAUGUAUAUAAGUGAUUAAAAAAAACUAGCGGGCAUUUAAUUGUUAAACUGCAAAGAAAAUAAAAAUUAAACAGUCUAAGAAUUAAUCAGUCUAAUCGAAAAACUAACAACAAGCCACUGCCCACACAUCCUUAGGAACUUUCGGAUCCAUUUCCCAUUAACAGAUAUUUAGAGUAUCCAACUCUGCUGUAGGGCUGUUAAAUCACACCCCUUGAUUUGACUGUUGCUGCAUUCAGUUCCCUAAAAUUACACAGCCUAAAAAAAAGAAAAUCCAGUCUCUGGAGCAGUUGAAUGUUUAAGCAAUCUGUCAGUAAGAAUACACUGGACCUAAUGUUUCCACUGACCAUGUUGGUGAAAUUCAUUUAGAAAUAUGGAAUUUUCAAGAGCAAAUAUAAUUUUCUGCAAAACAGCUUUAGUGAGUUUCUGAUUACACCCAUUUAAUAAUGUUCUUAAAGGCACACAAAAUGGGUGCCACAGUAGCAUAGUGGUUAGCGCAACACUAUUACAGCUCGGGGCGGAGUUCAAUUCGGAUCCCGUCUGUAUGUCCUUCCUGUGGAAUGUGUGGGUUUCCUUGGGUGCUCUGGUUGCCCAUAGUUGGUGGAUUAAUUGGUCAUUGUAAGUUUGGGGGGGGGGGGGGGUUGUUGCUGGUGAGUGGCUCGAAGGGCCUAUUCUGUGGCUGUAUCUCAAUAAACAAAUAGAAUGAAUAAAGCUAUUUACAUAUUUUUCUGCACAAGGACACUAAUAGUCAUAUUUUUAAAACUUUUAAACUAAACUAACUACUAAACACCAAUACAAGUAGCAAAUAGUUCAGAUUUUAAAAUUGGACAGAUGUUUUAAUUUAGUGAUAAACCCAUUUUCCAAUGUAAUAAAGUUUAUUGGGGGGAAAAAAUUAAAAGCAAAGUAUUUUUGAAGCUGCAUUCUAAGCACACUAGCCAGAUUUUUCCCAUUGCAUUAAUCGAUGUGUUGUUGAUUGAGCCAAAAAAAAACUAAAACUGGCAGAAUUUUGGGUUCCAUUUACCCUGCGACUUAUGGUUUUAACUGUAGAGCUGGUAAAUAAUUCUUUUGAUUUAUGGAAUUAUUACCUGCUAUAAUUCUGCCAUUUUACUAUGUAAUUGUAUUUGUCCUGGGAGUAGAUUUUAAUGCAGUAGGUACCCUCCCACCAUCAUCACCAUUGGCCCCUCAGUGUUUGAGGCUGAAAUGGAUAUCAGAGGAAGUUUAUAUUUUUAUGCUAUAUUUCUCAAGCACUCUUGUCACAAGGCUCUUCAGUCAACUCUAACAAUCCAAAGUUAUCUUUUCUUAUAAGGGCUUUAUUAGCUGCCAAAGCUAUCUUCCAAAUGCCACCCUCCCAAAAGAAGCUGAUAGGGCUCCAGAUAAGUUGCUGAUGAAGUUCAAAGUAAAUUUGUUAUUAAAGUACUUGUGUCACUAUAAACAACCCUGAAGAUUCAUUUUCUUGUAGGCAUUCACAGUAAAUACAAAAACAUAAAAACAAGCAUAAUAAUAAAUAAGCGAUAAAUAUUGAGAGCGAGAUGAAGAGUCCUUGAAAAUGAGUCCACAGGUUGUAGGACCAGUUCAGUCUUUGUAUCUUCUUCGCCUCCUUCCUGAUGGCAGUAGUGAGAAGAGAGCAUGGCUGGGAUGGUGGGGUUUUAUAGAAUUCCAUGAAGAUAAUUUGUGUUCAAAAGGCCAAGAUGAACAGGAAAAUGAUUUUGUGAGGCUAUUUGAAAAAGAAAGAAUUUAGAAAAUAAAAUUAAUCUGAAUCAGGUUUAUUAUCACUGACGUGUCAUGAAAUUUGUUGCAGCAGUAUAGUGCAAUACAGACUAUACUAUAAAUUAUAAUAAAUAUAUUAAAAAUUUUAAUAAGUAGUGCAAAAAGAAAAUAGUGAGGUAGUGUUUAUGGGUUCAUUGUCCAUUCAGAAAUCUCAUCAUAAAAUGUCAGGUGUGCAUGUUCAGACUCUUGUACCUCCUUGCUGAUGGUAGCAAUGAAACGAAGGCAUGUCCGAGCUGGUGAGGGUCUUUAAUGAUGGAUAUGCCUUCUGAGGCAUGUCUUUUGAAGAUGCCCUUGAUGAUGUGAGGCUAGGGGUCUAUCAACAAUGAAUAAUGUUGAUAGCCUCCCUGCCAUUGUGAUUAUUAACCACAAAGAAGAAUGUGGUCAAUAAUUAUGGUGUGAUAGGGGAAACAUUUAAAAAUGUUCAACAGCCAAGAGGAGCAGGAAGUGUUCAAAAGAAUCAAGUUGAACACCAAUGUGAUUCUGUAGAUGAAUUAAGAUAUAAUUAAUUAGAAAAUGGACAAAUUCACAAUAACAUGGUGGUUAGCAAACUGUUACAGCUCAGGAUGUCAGUUAAAUUCCAGUGUCCUCUGUAAGAAAGUUUGAACAUUCUUCCUAUGUGAAUGUGGGCCUCCUCCAGGUGCUCCAGUUUCCUCCCACUGUCCAAAGACUGCCCGGGUGGUUGGUUGGUCAUUAUAAAUUGUCCUGUGAUUAGACUAGGGUUAAAUAGAUGGGUUGCUGGGUAGUGCGGCUCUUUGGGGUGUUGUAUGUCUAAAUAAAAAUAACUAAAAUUAGAUUACUGAGAGAAAACAAGAGAUUUCAGUGAGAAGAUCAAAACUAGAAUGGACACAUCAGGGAACACAAAGCAACACAAUAUUCUACCAGCACAGAAACUAUUAAUAAAAGUUAAUUGAGAGGACAAGAUACAGAAAUGGUGAAAAUGUUAUAGAAAAACAGAAAAUGCUCCACAUUUAGCAGUUCAGGCAGCUUUUGUGGAAACAGAAACACUUAAUGUUUCAGAUCCGAGACCCUUAAUUUGGUAUUUAUCAGGAAGAUUAAUUAGUUGGCCACAAGAUCAGAAAAUCAGAUUAAAAUUAUAUAAUAGAAGUUGGAGGUGAAAAAUUACAAAUAUACUUUUAGUUAAAAUCCCUAUAGGUUUUCAAUUGCAUUGAUGCUUUUCAACAGAAUUUGGGGAGGAGGAGACAAGUAAGAGUGCUGUUACAUAUUUUAAAAAUUCAUUAAAAUAUCUAGUGCCAAAGGACUGGUGGUUGUCCAUGGUAUCUGACGAUGACAGGAAACCUGUGCAGGAGAGUUUGUAAAGUGGAAAAGGCAUUGCACUGGGGCAAUUCCACUCUUUUGACCUUGGAAGUGUGGGUUCAGUGGUACGAGUAGCCAUCACAAACUGGGGUCUUCCUUGGUUGCAGUGGAUGACCAUGACAUCUUCUGUGCCUUGUCAUGCGCUUUGCUCUCCACAGAUCAUUGCAGAACCUUCUUCCUAGCCAUAGGAUUUCUUUCUCACAGGGGUGUGAGACUGUAGGCUGCUCUCUGCCUGGUUUCACCCACCUGUUGAACCUGGGGCGUGGCUGCUGUUGAAUAUGAACAGCUACAUGGAGUCACAGCUGAGGGCCCAAAGGACUAGCUGAUAACUAACAAUAUGGCUAGUAUUGAGAAGAAAGAUGUAUAUGACUUUGGUAGGAAAUGUAAUGUAAUUUUUAACCAAAAAAAAAGACAAAACUAGAAACUAUAAAAACAUGAUGAAAUCAGUGAGGAUUUAUGGGGGAGAAUUUUGUUUGACCAAAGUCAUUGAAUUCAUUGAAGAGGCAACUUAAAAAGAAAACAAAAGUGAUGUAAUAUAUCUGGAUUUCCAGAAGGUCUUCAGAAUGAUGCCUCAUAAUGGAUUGCUUAGCUUGUCCAGAGCAGGCACAAAUAGCCUGCCAGCACAGAAGGGUUGAAUAGAUUUCUGUUUAGGAUGGAAAGUAGGAUCUCACAGAGUUGAGUACUGCACUAAUGUUAAAUAUUUAGACUUUAGAAUUAACAAAACUGCUAAAUUUAUGGUGAUUCCUAAUUAGGAAGGUUAUUAACAUGGAAUCCUGCAAUAUGUCACAAGACUUUAAUAAAUGAGCAGAAUUUAUAUUUUCAAAUAAAAUGCUGUGUUCAGUAAGAAGAACAAUAAUUGGAGGAUUAAGAGGGGUUUGUGGUGCAAGAGGAUUUGGGAAAACAAAUACACAUUACUGGAGGUUGUGACGUAGGUCAAUUCAGUCAUUGUGAAAGUAGAGUUGCUGUGAUAACAUAAUGGUGACCUUAGUUAGGCCACAUUGGGAAUAUUACGUUCAGUUAAGAUGGACAUGCAGCAGGAAUAUAGAAACGGUAGGGCAAAAAUGUUUUAGAAGAAGAACAAAUGUAUGCCUGGAGUCUCCUAAGAAAAGGUAAAAGGUCUGAUAGAUCAGAGAAAGUGUUGUCACUCACAGGGAGCUGCAAAGCUAGAGGCCAUCAACAUCAGAUUCUCUCAUGGAAUCACAGGAAAUUCAGAAGAAACUUGAUUACCAGAAUCAGGUUUAUUAUCACUGACAUACUUAGUGGCUACUAGAUACAGGAGUGGAACCCAACGUCAUCUGGCAUAGCCCAUCCACUUCCAAGGUUCGACAUGUGUAUUCAAAGAUACUCCUGCACACCGCUGUUGUAACUUGGUUAUUUGAGUUGCUGUCAACUUCCUUGAAUCAAUCUGGCCAUUCUCUGACCUCAGUCAUUAACAAGGAGUUUUAACCCACAGAACCACCAUUCACUGGAAUUUUUUCCUUUGUUGCAACAUUCUCUGUAAACUCUAGAGAAUGUGUGUGAAAUCAGUAGUUUGUGAGACUCUCAAACCGCCCUGCCUGGCACCAACAAUUAUUCCUCUGUUUGGUCUGAACAACACAGAACCUCUGACCUUGUCUGCAUUGUUUAUGCAUUGAGCUGCUGCCACAUGAUUGGCUGAUUAGAUAUCUGCACAAGGUGUACCUAAUUGGCCAUUCACUGUAGGUUUUUCAGCAGCAGUACAGUGCAAUACAUAAAAUUUACCAAAAGUUACAUAAAUGCAAAUCUUGCAUGUAUGUAAAGAAUAUGUAAAUGCGAAGUGGAUUAGCAAGGGUAGUGUUUAUAGAUUCCUUGUAAGAAUAAGCUAAAGUGAAUAGUAUUGAUGCAUUUAAAGGGACUCGGAAUCUAUGUACAAGGGAGUGAGUAAAUGAUGUCAUGGAUAUAUAACAAGAUAAUACCUGGGAGAUUAUUUUUAUCCUGGUUGUUGUUUUUUUUCCCCAAUCUCAAUAAGAACAUUCAUUGUUUUGGAUCCAAUAGUGAUUUUUUUUUUUCCCUGGCUUGAAGACUUCCUGAUCACCAUAAGUGUCAAGCUUGGAAAGCCACUUGUGGGGAUGGAGAAGACGUAACAAAUGGCAUUACUGCUAUGCCUCACUCUAAGGGGUCUUCAGAGGCGUACCAAGAUUGCUUAAAUACCAUUUUGAUUAUGAAACAGAAAUUUUUAGAGCUGAAUGUGAAUAGAAUGUGAACUCCAUGAAUGGAAAUGGUUCUGAAUAAAUUUAUUUUGUAUUCCAGGUGUCUGACAUUAGAUAAUAUCCGCCCAUCCUCUCCAACCCUCAAAGUAACACAUAGAAAAGCAAUGAAAAUCAGACAAAUCAGAUUUACUUUCUGUUUGAUACACAGUAGAUUCCAGUUAAUUGGAACACAUUGAGACCAGUACAUUUUGGCCCAUUAAGUGGCUGCCCCAAUUAUCCAAAGUUUCAUGGAAAUGGUUAAAAAGGUAUUUUUAAAAAAUCUAACAUUUAACUGAGUAACAAUAUGUAUUUAAAUGAAAUACAGAACAAAAUUAGAACACUAAUAUUACUACAGUACUAUAAAACUAUAUUGGUUUCUAAUAGCUAUCGACAGAGGAACUCAUCUGCUGUGUUCUUUUGUUUGACUAUAAUUUCUAACUUGUUGAUGUAGUAAAAUUGUUUCAAUUUCACUCCCGGCCCUUUCUGGCAUCUCCUAGCUUGAAUGCUUGAAAUUGCAGUGAGCAAGACAGUUCCAAAUUAUCAUACUGCUUUCUCUCACCAACUUCCAAUGACAAAGAUCACUGCCUUUUGAUCACAAGCACAUGCAACUGAUGUGAUUUUAAAACAGUUUGCUCUUGUGUGUGACUAAUGUUAGAAACUAUUCAGCAACAGUCUUCUGUCCUAAAGUAGUAUUGCAUCCCAAAUAAAUGAAGGAAAUCCUGACUAUUUUCUUGAUUGGUUCUUUUUCUUUAAGAGUUGUCCCAAAUAAGUGGCUGCCCCAAUUUACCAAUGACCUAAUUAACUGGAAUCCACUGCACUUAGUUCUUCAGGGGCGAGGGGGUUAAUAUUUGCAGCACAGCAGGCAAUAGUUGGUAUGAAAUGGUGAAGUGAAAACUUUCCCUGUGUUGGUAUUGCAAUCCCUUAAAGUCAGGAUAAUAAGCUGAACAUGGUUAGAGGAAGAACAAGGUGUUAGCCAAUAAAGCUACAAAAUGGUUGUUUAUUUCAUCAAAAUAUUCAAUGUGGAUACUGAAGGUUCCUCUGUAAUUGUUCUAGUUUGUCAAUGUCUGUCAAAAUUAAUAUUUAAUAGGUGUGUAAGUUGCUAAUUAAUUUCCUCUAUUAAUGGUUCAUCAGGUUGAUUUUAACAUGUACUUAAGUUCUGAAUAUCAUUUAAAAGAUUACCAUUUUGGAUUGCUUCCAGUCAACAAAAGACUCUGUAAUUUUAAAACUGUUAAAGGUGUGUUCUAUUUUUAUCAGCAGUUUUUUAAUAGUUAAUAGCAGUUUUUAAUGCAUCUUUCUAGUACUGUAUGCAGUGUCACAAUAAGAACUGACUACGGUUAUUUCAGUAUCCUGACCUUAUGAUCCUGAAACUAGAUUUUUUGGGUUCCUAGCACAAUAGCAUAUACCUCAUCUGGGACAGUAUUUGUGACCUAUAUAUUUAUAUGUGUACUUUUAAUUAGUUAGCUUUAGAAAUGACGCAACAUUUUUCUCAGCUGCAAAAUCAUUAGGUUUUUGCUAAGAAUGGAUAUUUGAGACUGUGGCUGUAGAAAAUGAAUGAGCCAGCUUUGCUAACGAUGUUGAUGCAAUGUUAACUGAGGCCAGGAAAAGGUGAACAAUGUUCACAUCAAUGCUGUUGCAAGAAAAUAAAUCUGUGGUAUAUCCUUUCUGAAGAUCGCAGGAUAGUCUUUAUAGACAUCAAACCUGCUUCAUCGUAGAAAUUUGAUGGAUUUUCAGAAAUGAUUUUUUUCUUUCAAUGCGAUGACUUGGUAUUUCUCAGUGAAGAAACCAGGAAAGGGGGAGAUAAACUGAGUCAUCUCCUACCCCUCCCCAUCACUGCAUGUUGACUGGUUAUAGUGUGCAGUUAAAUAUAUCAUAAUUGGCUUACUUGACAAAUUGAUUUAAGCUAAUUUUGGGAUAUACUGCACUUGGCCUAGUUCUUUUUGAAGUUAGUGAGAAAUCUCUAAGCUGUGAUUUUAGGACUUGCCCUAUGUCCUGCAGUGCUCUCUCAGAUGAGACCAUUUUAAUGUGUUUAAAAUGCUACCUUCUGGAUUGGGAUUUGCAGAUGUAUGAAUUUAAGGAGAUGCCAUUAUUUAGAGGCGUAUGACUUUCUCAAUACAAGGUACUUGAAAUCAUUGAGUGUCUUUGCUGUCAUUCUUGAAUAGAUGGGUAGUACAUUUAUUUUAAAAGAAAUAUCUAGUUGUCCUUUUGCAGAAAUUGUAUUGAUUUUGUCUUCAACUGUUGUAAUGAGCUUAAACAGCUGUCUCAACCACAUUACAAAUUUUAUAUUUUAGCUAGAAGCCUGUUGGAGUUCAACGUUCACGGGUAACUGAACUCUGAUCCACUCCAACAUCUGGCUGAAAAACAAUAAAAGGAAAGUCCGUAAAGGACAAAAGUUAAUUGUAACCUUUAUUUUUCAAAUCAUAAAACAAAAAAUGCUAUAUCAGAUAUACUGACAAAAUUGUGUUGAGGCACAUUCAGUACUUAAAGGUUGAAAAAGUAGUUUCCUUAUGGUACCAUGUAUACACAAAUGUUAAAAGAUUUUAUUUUUUUAUUUUUUUGCAUAUGUUAUGUGAAUAAAUCAAUUAUAGCUUUUUCUAUUUGUUUUAUCCUAGCAGUUAACUCUAAUAGAUGCACUGACAACAAUAAAAGUCCUUUUUUCUGUAAUAUCUGGUUUACACAUUCCUGGUGUAAUAUAACUGCAAAUGCAGGAUUUUUUUUACAAUAGCAGUAUUCAAAUUUAUUCACUGGAAAACAAGUUCACUUAAACAAAAAUAAACUGCUUUGUAA